GAGUUCGCCGCCAACACUCUUUGUCCGCCUCAGUAGUAAAAUCAGGAUCACCAGGCACGCUUCCGUGCAGAACAACGUAACGGAAAAAGCCAAGCUGUUUCAAAACAUAAAAUUAUUGAAAACGCCAUUACAGCGUCAUCUGCGAACAACAGUGUGCAAUUCUCUUCCCUCACUCCUGUUCUCUGCGCAUACGCGUACGCGCAUGCAACGUGCGAAAAGGCGGUUUGAAUCGCAGAUCAAUUACAUCGUCAGCUAAUGGAUUUGGUGGUCGUUUGUUCAAACUUUGCGUCAAUAGAUUCGAGUUUUCACGAAGAUUGGGUUAGGAUUCUACGCGGAUACGUUUCCCAUGGUGGCGAGAUUCAUUCAGAUUCGAAUUCAAAGGAUAUCCAGUAUCACAACCGCAGCUGGCUACAAAGAAAAUUGAACUGAAACGCAUCCAUGGUGACUUGCAUAGGAAAUGGCUGAUUACCGUUGGAGGGAAGAUGCUUUCAAGAAAGACAAACAUUGCCGCCCCUCGAGGAACCACCCCUUGCCGUUCUUACAACAGAAGCUCGGUGACGUUAUGAAUGAGAACCUCUGCCGAAGGAAAUACGGUUGCCUGGCCAAGGGGCGCAGGCGUGUAGUCGGGUUGAGGUGUUGCAGGCGCACGUCUCAACGAGCAACAGAGUGCUGUGUGUACACCCCCGCCCACGUAUUAUUAUUCGACUGGCUCGUAACCACGCUUCACGGUGAGAUCGCGAACAGCCACGAGUAUCCGGACGAUUCACCGCCGACCAGAUAAUGAAUUCGUUAUUUGCGGAGGAUCAGCCGCGUCCGGUCGACAGAAGCACGUAAGAAGGCUUUAAUGUGACACAAGGACGAGCAUGAUUCUGGCUGGAUCAGACCAUUUUCUGGCGGGUAAGUCCACUAUCCUCCGCGAUUCUCUCAAUGAGUUCAACCGCUUGGAGGUAACCUGUCGUCGUUCAUCGUUACCAAGCAAAGGAGGUGACGUUAAUGAUCGUAGAAACGACAAGGGCUGCAUCAUGAAAAAUCUACAACUAAAACAAGUACCUGUGGAAGCGACAGCAUUUCUGGGUGCCGUAGCUGGCUUCGUGGUCCUUCUGUUGGCACUGUUUCUCUACCUGUCCCGCAAAUGGUGCUUUACACCGCCGUCAACCAGCACCCUUUUCGGCGGCGUUUGCGUGCCCCUCUGCGAGUCCAACAAUAGCUCCACCUCUCAGAUACCGAAAAACAUAGGAAAGACAUUCUCUUACUCGGAUCCAGAGACGAGUUCCGAUUCGGAAGAGGACGCCCUUCGUCGGUUGAACUCGCAUUCGCAUCCACCGCCGGACACUCUGACCAUCCAAGCAGAGGAUGGACCCACUAUCCUCGAUGCCGGCACCACCUCCAGCAGCUGCACAGAGGAACACUCGCCCGGUGACCAACAACAGUGCGUGGUAGAAGUCGGAGCCUCGAAUAUUCUGCUGGACGCCAGAGAACAAGAGGUUGAGGUGGAACAAAAUGGACCAACGGCCAACGAGGUCAUCGCAACGAUGGGUACCGUCGCGGAGGAAGUGGGCAGCCUGGAGGUCGCAUUCUUAUACGACGCACCUAUGCGCGAGAUGACUGUGCACGUACUGCAAGGACGGAAUUACCCGGAAGGUAUAGGCGGUAGCCAGGUCCGACUGGUGCUGUUGCCAUCGAAGAAGCAACGUCGCAAAACACGGGUACGUCAGGGUACCUGUCCACAGUACAUGGAGAGUUUCCUAUUGCCACGCGUCAACCCAGAAGACGUGAACGCUAUGGGGGUACGCUUGAGAGUGUAUCUAUGGGGCGGAAGAAUGCGUCGAGAGAGACUGCUCGGCGAAGCCAGAGUCUCCUUCGAUCAAAUCAAUCUUCAGCUCGAGACGACGCUUUGGUUGACGUUACUGCCACCGCCAACCUCUUCGGUACAAGAUUGGGGAACAACUAGCAGUCUAACCCGUAGCGACUCGACGGGGUCACAGCAGUCCGUUCAGUCGUACGCGUCACCUACGGUACCUCCUUAUGGGAGCAGCAUGAAGGGUGGAAGCGUGGCGGAGAUUCUAAUAGGCUUGGCGUACAAUGGCACAACCGGACGUUUGUCGGUUGAAAUAAUCAAAGGAUCACACUUCAGGGGCGGUGGAGGGAACGACACGAAACCGCCUGACACUUACGUUAAACUCGCCCUCGUGGACAGUAACGAUCACGAGAUGGGACGUUCGAAGACUGGUUUGAAACGUGCUCAGCCCAAUCCUCUUUACAAGGAAACGUUCAUAUUCCAGGUUGCUCUGUUUCAACUUGGAGACGUAACGUUGUUUCUGUCGGUGUAUAACCGACGAAGAGGAGGAAUGGGGCGGAAGGGAAGAGAGAUGAUCGGUUGGCUCAGUUUGGGAUUGAACAGUUCCGGCUCGGAGGAGCUUCAACAUUGGAACGAUAUGCGUGCUGCGAGACAACCGACGCAGGUUCAACGUUGGCACACGUUACUGCGACCUUGAGGCAACCGAUCAUGAACUAGUUCCUGUUACGGAGAAACAUUUUCUACGCGUUUAAAAGAUUUACGAGUAUAAUACGGUUCGAUCGAUAGAGAAAAUAUAACAGGCUGGUGGAAUUUUUCAGCCUUGAAUACGCAAGCUUGCGAACGGAUGAGAAUACAUUUUGACGAGGAAACGGGAAGCUUCUAUUGGAUUCGCCGUUCUGUACUGCCCGAUACCGAAUAUACAGAAGUCAAUAAUGUCGGUCUCUCGAAGCAGCGAGAAUCAAACGAUGCUGUCAUAACUUUUUAAAAGCACCUGUGCUAAAACUCUGAGUUCAAAACUCUUAUCGAUGUACCAAGUACAUUCCUUUUUGAUACGCCGGACGGAGUUGAGGGUGUUUUCAGCAUACAUAUUACGUAUGUAUAUUAAACAACAUAUGCAACAAGAAACAAAGAGAAAAAAUGAAAAUACACAUUGUACACGUGAAUACAUACAGUACAUAUAGAACACACACACACAUACACAUGCACAUUUCGUCGGUCCCAUAAGUCAAAUUCGCACAUUAGCAGGCGGACCGCGAAACCAACUCCGACUCGAUAUGUGCCUGAGCCAACCUUAAUCGUUUAUUUUUUACUUUGUGCCUUUCACCCUUUCUAGGCCGCGUGUCCGUCGACGGAGAAUCGUCGUGGGAUAACCGAAGCCGAGUCGAGAGAGAGAGACCCGUUACGAAUCCUCUAAGUCGUUCACCUUUGGACGAGUCUAACUAUAAGUGAACGUGUUUAUCCAUACCCUCUCGACUCCGCGAAAAUUUUCAACGGAUAUUCGAUUCGCAACGGUCGCUCCUACGUAUGCAUGCAUGUAUGUAUGAGCGGUAUACGACGAAUCUUGUUGUUCCGAUCACAUGGUUCGAGAAUGGAUUGACGCGAAACCAUCAGUGGUUAACCCCUUUGGAUGAUUCUCAAGUGAGAAUGUUUCGAAUGGAACGCGAGGCUGUGAAAUUCUUCUGUAAAUCUUCGCUUAUUGUAUUUCUUUUGCACGCAACCAUGUUAUUUUCGUAAGACGACUUUCAUCGAUGACACCGUAAUUGCCUCUCUAAGUGGCAAGGGCUUGGGUACGAAUAUCGAGGUAUCAGUUUCAGGGUUUGCCAUUUGGAGAGGCAAUGCUGUUUUGCUAUUUAAAUAUUAUAGAGUAUCGUGGAAGUGAUGGGGACGAUCACUUGUCAGCUAUGGUGGCAAUUAUUACUGCCUGUACCGAAUACUGGGGACCUAGAGGGAAUGACCACUUGCCACGUAGGGAGGCAAUAUUUAUGUACAAUAUCAAUCAUAGUGUCCGUUCGUCUAGUGAAAAAGCACUGACUGGAGUCCAAGUUUAACC